AUGUGGUCCUUGAAAGUCCUCAUCGCUCUCUGUACCCUCAUACAGUGGGAAGGAAAUGGUGUUCAUGGAUGGUGGUAUCCCCCAGACUGCUACAACCUUCGUUUUCAGAACGCACCAAGUGGGAUGUAUUACAUACAACCGCUCGGGGCAAACACCAAACCCAAUCGUGUGUACUGCGAAAUGACAAUCGGUGGGGGUGGCUUCACCUUUCUUCCCCGCAGCCUUACAAGAACAUCAUCAGCGAGCAGGAUUGUCAGAGCUUUAUUUCGAGACAGGUACAAUGUCCUGCUUAAGUUGAAGAAGAAAAGUGGUAGUGAGUCAUACACUCUGAUCCAGCCUCAUCCGCAUUUCCCCAACACAGGGUUUGGGGUGUUAGUCAACAGUUUCCAUGGUUACACCAGACCGCUGAACGCCUUCAUGAAAGAGUACAUCUUUCUCAGUAUUAUUCCAGCAUACGCUGCACGCCGUCGUAGUAUCCAAUCCCAACAGCUAUUUUGCAUUCAUGCCAAACCACAAUCUGCAAACUCCCAGUAACUAUGGUGCUAGCUGGCAUAUCUUUGAAACAAGCCGCGUGGCGGUAGACUGGCGCUCCAAAGCAAUUUCCAUUCCUGGUCGCACCAUGCCAAAUGAGUUCUUCUUCUUGACAGAGCUGCAUUUUGGAGGCUGUGGAACCUAUACCUCCAGUAACCGUUGGCGCAAGUUUGGCUUUCACUCCACAGCCACUGGAAUUCGCUAAGAGUUCGCUUUUCCCUUCUCACCUUUAGACUGCUAAUUCCACGUAGCCACAAACUUCUGUUUUUGUGUUGACUUAUUUUAUGGUAAAACGUCUUAAAUUUUUGCGUUUCAGUUUUCGCAACGAUUUCAAUAAAACGACCUUAAAUUUCAAGUGCUCAGUACAUUUCGGAAAGUUGGUCGGUUUCGGACUAGAUGCAAAUGUAAGUUAAAUUAAUGUCAGACAAAAACGGGCUAUAUAGUGUUUGUUGUAACUUAAAGAAACAGGUGGUAACAAAGAAAAAUAAAAGUUGUUAAAAUAGUGUUUGAACCUUCUACUUCUUGAAGACCCAUUACAACAAAAAUUCCGUUGAUUAGCGACACACAACGGACGUCAUUAUCACUAGAACACAACAAAUAUUUGUGGGAGCAUGCAGCAGUUUUGCGAUUGUUUAGUCCGAAUGCGCUCGCAAAAGUCAGUUUUCACCCAACGACCGCCAGUUAAUUCUGUAAAAUAUCUCUUCGGUGAAGUAAACAUAGCCUAGAUUUUCGAAGCUUAUCAAAUAAAUUAACUAUUAUUUUCUGAACUGAAUUUUUCACAUUUCACUCCCCAGGUUUAGCUAUUAUUGGUAGAAAAGGGAAAUCGAAAAUUUUCGGGAUUCGCCGAAAAUAUGAUGGAGAGAGGCAUCAGAAAAUUCUUACCUUCUUAAAGGGUUAAAUUACAUCAUAAAUUUUCGGGAAAAUAAUAUGGAUGCCCUUUUACUGCGCUUUUCACAAAAAUGGGAAUUCUGAAGUUCAAAAGCCAACUGACGAUUGCGUUUUUCGCUGCCCUCAAUCAUCUUAACGGACCUUUAGGAAACAAUACUUUACUUUAACGGGUUCAAAAGGUCAUGGUUUGUGAUUUGUGGUUGGUGGAUUUCGAUCCAUUUUGUGUGUUUCUAUGUUUCAAGGUUCGUUGCUUGUGGUCGUAAUUAUGAUUGACGGCAGCGAAAAGCGCAAUCGUGAAGGCGGCCUUUGAACUUUAGAGUUCGCAUGUUUGUAAAAAGCGCAGUAAAGCUAGUCGCGAAACUACAACUAAAGGCCCAUUAAAGAAAGCACACAACUAUCUUUAUUCAGUAUCAGUGAUGUAUGUCUACACGAAAUAUAUCUCGCUUUCUAUAGGCUAUUUCCGAGUUUCCCCGGGCCUCAGUAUCAAAACGAGGUUUUGCACAGCCUUUGAUAUGGAAAUGGUUGUCAUUCUCACGCAAAUAAAAGUUAUUUCGACAAGAAAGGUUGCCCCCUACAGCACUUGGCCUCAUUUGGAAAGUGAGGGUUUUCAGUUGUAACUCGGAAGUGGCCUAUUCAUGUAAUACACGAGAGUGCCCUAGGAUGACCGAACAGUUGCAUAUUUUAUAGCGCUACGGCUUAGAUUGCAUUUCUAGAUUUCUAGCUUAACGAGCGAUGUCAUGACAACCCGGCAGAAGAUUAUGACACCUAUUUCCCCUUUAUUUGACACGAAGAAUGUUUAUACUUUGAAGACACUUCUAACUAUUAAUAGUGACUAAGACCUUUCGAGAUUGAUUAAAAUUAAACUUUGGACAAUAUUUAUUUAAGCAUCGACUUGUUCACUUUCAAAUGACUUGCCACUUUUAUUUUAUUUCUUUUUCGACUCUUUUAUAAAAUUUUUCUUUAUAGUAUCCUAUAAAUUAUCUCACAUCAAUUUAUAUCUAAGAAAUUGCGUUCCUUUAUUAUUUUUUUAUAAUAAGUGCCUUCCCUAAAUUUAAUUUACCCUGAUUGCAUCAGUUCAAAACCGCGUGCCAUGUUGAACAAAACAAAGAAAACAAGUUUCCCGUGACGUCAUCCAUGUGUCUGUACUCUGAUAGAUCAUGGACAACGACCAAUCACAGCGCGCGAAGCAUUCACAUCAUUGUAUAAAAUAUUAAAUAUUUACACACUAGCAGCAGCUUAGAAUUUUUUUUUUAAUUUUUCUAUUAUUAUUAUUAAUACAUGAAAAUGUUUUGCCUUUUCUUGCGGAAUUAUUUGGGAUGUAACCCUGAAUAGAGCUUUACUGUGUUGUGAAUGUCCCUCAAUAGUCUUUCGUAUUGUUUAAAAUACUAUUUUCUCAAAUUUGUAUAAAUUUUGCACACACAACGGAAUUAAGAUGAUUAACAAAAUUGAUUUGCGUUACCCCCAUAGCCGUCUGCUGAAUAAACGCUGGCGAAGGUAAAUACACUAAGGUUAUAAAAAGUUAUUCAAUCUGAUUUAACUUAAAGUGGUAGUAUCUAUUACCCCGAUAAUAACAAACUAACUGAGGUAGUUUUGCGGCUAAUGAGAAAAUGACCUUAAUAAGACGAGGAGGAUUCAGUUCAUUCAAUUUUACCCGAUUCAACCGGCUAAAGCACCCUUAUUUAAGUUUUUCCUUUUUGAUUCGAUAUUUUAAUAUUUUCUGUUUUCUCAACGGAAGGUUAGCAAAUUUGCCUAACCUCACUGAAUUGCCUUGUGCUCUAAACACUGUUGAGGGUAAAUAAAGGUAUUAUUUAAUUUAAUUUAAUCUGAUUGUAAGUAAAUAUACUAAAAACAUAGAAACAAAUUAAUAGCUGGGUAAAAAAUGACAUAUACAUCAUUACUUAGUUUAACAGCAGCUUUUAUAUAUGAACAACAGCCGGUAAUUUCUGAUGAAUUUGGAUUCCUUUUACUCCUUGACUGAUACGUGUAAUAAAAAAAGGUCACGUUAAUGAGUAAAAAAGUUGCGAAAAAACUUUAAAAAGAACACAGACAUGGAUAUAUUGGUUAAUUCUUGUUUCUAGUUAUUCCAACAAAAACGUUUACCUUGAAAAGGAUGAACGUCAAUUCCUUAUUUUAAAUGAAAUGUUUUAACAGCUGACACGGAACACAUUAUUAAGUGCCUCAAACUACUGCUGAGCCUCUAGUAUUUAAAAUCAAUUUUUUUUUCUGCAGCUUUAGUUCAAAUCACGUUUCAGCGUCCAAGCAACAAAAAGGUAGGUGAUUCAGGGGCACCCAACGACUAUUUUCUGUAAAACAUCUGUUUGCGGGAGAAGAAAAUAUUGCCUAGAAUUUUCUACAGCUUGAGGAAAGCUGAAAAAUUUGUACAUGACCGUUCCAUUCGUGUACAAUUUAUGAAGUUUUUCCAACAAAUUUCCUACGAUUUUCUAAAGUUUUUAAACUUUAUUUUCGCUUUCACUCCCCAGGUUAAGCUAUUUUUGGUAGGAAAAGAAAACCUAAAAUUUUCAAAUUCGAAAAUGCGAUGGAAAGAGGGAUCAUAAAAAUUCAAUAUUUCUUUCAUAAAACUUUAAAUUGCAUCUAUAUAAAACGUUUGGGAAAGGAACAAGUUUCCCUAGGAUGACCUAAAAGAUGCAAAUUUUAGAGCACCGCUUAGAAUGCUUCUGAAAAGUACCCUCUGCAUAGCCUAAAAAGUGUCAGUUUUCAAUGCAUUUCAUGGUAGGAAACCGUCGCUGGGUGCCCCUCACUGGUGAUCAGAUAUGUUUCAUACUGGAGGAUAAACUCUAUUUGCAAUAGAAACACACUACAGUUGAACCCCUCCUCUCCAAAACGGCCAAAAUGGCACCUCAGGGACAGAAGAGUGUAUCCGUUGAAGAGAGGUUUAAACAGGAGUCAAUUUAUCGACUGUCCGCCCAAAAAGGUGGCCGUUGAAGAGAGGUUGCCCUUUCUGGAGUCAGGUGGCCGUCGGUGGAGAUUCGACUGUAUAACCGCGUCGAAAAAUUUAUCCCGAUUUCAAUCCCAGAAGGUCCCACAAGCUAAGGGGCACUUUGACUACGAGUAGUCCCCAUUUUUCCUCAGGGAUAGUAGAGCGAGCGAAACGCGAAAGCGCGUGAAAAUUACCCCACGCGAGAAAAGGCGACAAGCGUGGGGUGAUUUUCACGCGCGCUCGCGUUUCGAUCGCUCUACUAUCCCUGAGGGAAAAUGGGGACUACUCGUAGUCUAGGGGCACUUUGACUCAUUUUAGCGCUUUAUAACGUCCAAAGUUUGGAAUAGGCCUUUUCAAAAUAUUGUUUACUUCUUUCAAAAGGACCGCGCGGAACAAGUCUUCAAUUGCCGUGUAGACUUACAGCAAGUAUGCACUCCUUCGGAAUAUCGCUUUUCUUUCCUUUUUUGGUCGUUCGUGACUAAGAAAAUGUGUUAAGUGAUUUUUAACCAGGAUCGCAUUGGUUGUUUACCAUUUACAUGGGCACUGAUCGGUCAUUUCAAGGACCGGUAAAUUUCGUCUUGGAAUCACGUUUAUCAAAGAUGGAUUUCAAGAAAUGGAACACGCCGAAUUUCCGAUUUGAAAAUGCGUUAAGUGACUUCUAACCAGGAUCGCAUUGGUUUUUAAACAUUUACAUGGUAGGGGCACCCAACGAGGAUGUAGUUCAAAACCACUUAACAUAGCAUUGUUUAACGUAUUUUAGUAUUCAAACGGUAGAUAUAGGCAUAUUUUUAUCCCCUAAAAACUUUUCAUCUGUUCGGAUUUCCUAGCUGCAAGUCUAGUGAUCCGAAAAUUAUAGGGAUAAAAACUUGCCUUCUCGAAAAUUUCAGCCAGGAAAAGGCUCCCGAAAAUUCUAGGUGGCCUUUUUAGGGUCACAAUCCGUUAAAAAUGGGUAAUUAUACCAUUUUGUAGAUGUUCGAAAAUCCUAGGAGAGGCAGGCAAGCAAGAAAUUUUACAACAAAUGCUCCGAAAAUUCUAGAUCUCAAAUCGUCUUCCGAACAGAUAUUUUCCCGAAAAUUGCCGUUGGGUGCCCCUGACAUGGGCAAACCGGUCGAGUCAUAACCUGCGAUGAGUCGUUUUUGGACUGCCUGAUGGCAGACGUUAGUGGAUUCACGGACUGGUAAAUUUCGUCCCGAAUCACGUUUACCCAUUUUACAAAUCAGUUUCAUUUACCGAAAAACAGCGGAAAGGUAAACCGGUAUCAAACGGAUGGCUUUCAAGAAAUGGAGCACGAAUUUCCGAUUGGAACAUUCCGUUCGAAAAAACUGGACUUCCUAUACAGAUGUUCCGUUGUUUCGGGGAAAUUUUUUCGGAAAUCUUCCGCUGAACGACUCAAAACGAGUUGUGUACCAUUUAUUUUCCUACUGGAUUUUCCAGAAUUUUUUUGGAAAUAGUAAACAAUCAUUAUCUUAAAUGAAUUUCACCUAUUGGAACUGUCGAACUUUUUUUUUAAUUGCAGAUGAUGUCACGUUUGAGUUUCCUGUUCCUAUUCCUGUGUGUUGUAAUACAGCAGGAGGCAAUUGGUGUUAAUGGGUGCUGCGGCUGCGAUGAGGUAAUUUAAAGGUUUCAAAACACUCUUGGCAAAUAUCAAUAAUCAAAAUACAUACUUCCUUUUGCAAAUCAAUCCGUUAGAGCGACGUAUGACCCUGAAAAAUGGUUUGGGGGAGGGUCCGUUAUUAGUUUUAUCAGUCAAGCAUGAAAAGAUCAAAACAUUAGACUACGAGUAGUCCCCCAUUUUUCUUCGGGGAUAGUAGAGCGACGCCUUCUCUCGCGUGGGGUAAUUUUCACGCGCCCUCGCGUUUCGCUCGCUCUACUAUCCCUGAGGAAAAAAUGCGGGACUACUCGUAGUCUAUCAAAACAUGGACACUUCGUUUGCUUUCAUUAUGCCAAAAUUUCCGGAAUUUUCGAACCAAACCUAAAUGGAACGGUUCGGCCCAGUUCUAAAUUUUCCGUUCAAAGCGGUCCACCUCCAGAGGUGGUCCUGGAUGGAACUAACCUUAACUGCAUUAAUCAAGACAAUAAUAUUACAUUGGGGGAGGGGUAGCAGUUCUGAUGAUAAACAACUCGAAACUCAGCAAAAGUCAAGCAAAUUCAAAAUGCACCAGCUCCCCCUCCCUCUUUCCAUGUAACUAUUGAUCUACUUAGUACUGUACACUAUUAGGUUAUUCUAAUCUAACUGGCAGCCAAUUUUUUUAUAUACAAGAACAAUUUUCAUUUUCAGGCUGAGCGAGUUCUUAUAUAUAUAUAUGGUACUUUUUUGACCAAAUUUCAGCCUAAACCUUCUUAAUCCACUUGUCCUUUUAUCCGGGUUUUUACUGUAUAUUACUGGCUUCUCCGAAUGUUGACGAUGUUUCCCGCGUUUUUCUCUUAGCAGUAUGUGACCUUAGCCCUUACGACAAUCCAACAAUCAGUUCGGUCGGAGUUUUGGUUCUUACGCUUUCCAUUUUCCCUUCGUUAGUCCGAGCGGUCUCUGACUGGUUGGUCCGAUAUAAUCGGGAAAGCACCCUUCGUUUUCCCGCCAAAGAAAACCCUAAUAUGAAGAAGGCAUUAUUUGAUUGGCCAAUGGUGUUACAGUAUGAUGUCAAAACUAAGUAUCGAUUGAUUUCUAGAGAAGUUCUUGGGCAUGAAUUUUUUUUUCACCAGAGCGUUCGCUUAACUAACCAAAAGCCGCGGCCGGUGUUUAUAUCCGUUCGAUAAACCAAUCAAAUCGCUCUAUUUCCAUUCAUUUGUUGUUUCUAUUUUAUUCGCGCGUUUUCAUUUAAAGGUCAUAAGAAAAUCGCGCUAUCAUUGUCAUCAUUCUUUCCACUUCUUUCUGAUUCCCAUGUAAGGUAAAUCAAGUCUUGGAUUCUGGAUUCCACGCUGUGGAUUCCAGAUUCAAGGUACUGGAUUCCGGAUUCUUCAUCGUUAGUGGAACUUGGAUUCCGGACUCCUAUCAUUAACGCGAUUCCGGAUUCCUUAAGCUAAUUUCAGGAUUCGAAAGCCUGGGAUUUCACAUUCCACAAGCAAAAAUUUCCGUAUUCCGGAAUCCGGAUUAACGUACCUUACGUCUGGCAAUUUUGAACCCAUAUUAACAAUUCGACUUGAAGACAAGUACACAUUACUAACCGUCAGUUGUCUUUUGUCAGUUUCCUAAAGACUGCUUCAGUCUUCCACCGAACUCACCAAGUGGUGUGUAUAAGAUACAGGCCCUGGUCGACGAAGAGCCUUUUGAUGUUUACUGCGAGAAGGCAAUUCAUGGUGGAGGCUUCACCUUUCUUCCUCGUGGCUUCACUAGAUUACCAUAUGCACAAAACAUCGUCAAAGUUUUAUUUCGAGACAAGAAGAACGUACUACUUAAAUUGCAGAAAAAGGUUGAUCGUAGCGAGGCAUACACCCUGAUCCAGCCUCAUCCGUCGUUUGCGAACACAGAGUUUGGUGUGUUAAUCAACAGCUUCCAGGGUUACACCACGCCACUGAACGCCUUCAUGAAAGAGUACAUCUUCCUCGGUAUUAUUCCUGCAUCAGCUGCACGCCACCGAAGUGUUCAAGGCUUCAGAUCCAAUGGGCACACAGUCCAGUUUACAAAUUGCGAUGCCAAUCCAAACAGCUAUUUCGCAUUCAUGCCAAACCACAAUCUGCAAACUCCCAGUAACUAUGGUGCUAGCUGGCAUAUCUUUGAAACAAGCCGCGUGGCGGUAGACUGGCGCUCCAAGGCAAUUCCCAUCACCCAUCCUGAUCGCACCAUGCCAAACGAAUUCUUCUUCUUGACGGAGCUGCAUUUUGGAGGCUGUGGAACCUACACCUCCAGUAACCGAUGGAGCAAGUUUGGCUUUCAUGCAACCGCCAUUGGAAUUCGCUAAGUCCCUGUUUUCCCUUUUUUAAUUUCCCGUCUUUAGAUUAGUUGCAGCCUGGUCAGUAUUGUAACAAACUUCCCUUAUUGUUCUAAAUCAAGUUAUAUAGGAUAAGCUUUUAUUGAAAAGCCUAGAUAAUACCUUUCUGGUCUUCUUAUUGUAGUAAUGACGGAUAAACAACUUCAAGGAACUUUGAGUUUCUAGAAUAAACUGCUGAUUUUUAAAAAUUUACUGUCAAUUCUGCCUUUCUAAGGUUGAGCCGAUCAUACCUGCUGACCGUUUAAAAUUAGUUUUAAAGUUAAAUUUACAUUAGCAAAACAGGUAAGUUCUAGUAUUAAUUGUAACCGUAUUAAAAAAGGCGGGAGAAGAAAAAAAAAUAAAGUGUC